AUGCAGGAUGCAGACCUGGCCAUGAAGGUUGGAAUAAAUGGAUUCGGAAGGAUUGGGAAGCUGGUUUACAGGAUUCUGAACGAGAGAGGAAUACAUGUGGAGGUGGUUAAUGAUCCGUUUGUUACGCCCGAGUAUGCAGAGUAUCUUCUGAAGUACGACAGUGUGUUUGGAAAGAGGAGCGAGUAUAAGCUUAAGGAUGGCAGGAUGUGGUAUGGCGAAAGAGCAACAACGCUGACAAGCUUCAAAAGGCCCGAUGAGAUACCAUGGAGCAUGCACGGAGUGGAUGUGGUGGUAGAGGCAAGCGGGGUGUUUACCACAGUUAGUGAGUGUGAGGGGCACAAGGAUGUUGCUGCAGUGCUGAUAACUGCGCCAAGCAAGGAUGCGCCUAUGUUUGUGUAUGGAGUUAAUCAUCACGAUUAUGAUAUGCAGAGGAUUGUUAGUAAUGCAAGCUGCACAACGAACUGCUUGGCGCCAUUGGCCAAGGUGCUGGACGACAGCUUUGGGAUAGUCGAGGGGCUGAUGACCACUGUGCAUGCAGUCACUGCAACACAGAACAUAGUUGAUGGGCUGGGGAAGUGCCGUAGGAGCGGGAGGUCUGGGAUGAGCAACAUCAUUCCUUCAAGUACGGGAGCAGCAAUGUCUGUUGGAAAGGUUAUUCCCUCGUUAGCAAGCAAGCUAAACGGAAUGGCAAUGAGGGUUCCUGUUUCGAACGUAAGCGUUGUUGAUCUGGUGUGCAGAACACAGAGGGAAGCAACGAUUGAGCAGAUAGCAGAUGCGGUUGACAAAUACUCCAUCGCAAACAACGGGAUCAUGGGGACAACAAGAGAUUGUGUUGUAAGCAGCGACUUCAUUGAGGAUUCAAGAAGCUCGGUAUUUGAUGUUGGCGCAAGCAUGGCAAUGGGAACCAACUUUUUUAAGCUGAUAUGCUGGUAUGACAAUGAAUAUGGAUACUCGUGCAGAGUAUGCGACCUGUUGCAGUAUGUCUACAUGAGGCAAGCACAGAAAUAA